AAUCUUAUCGAAGCGUCUAUCUGCCUAUAUAUCUGAAAAAAAAAAACAAAAAUUAGAAAAUGUUUACAUAAAUAGUUUUUGUUGAUAUUUUGAAAGAGGCUGAAAGAUAUUGUUAGUUUAUAGUAAAUUUUAGUGUAAGUUGUGAGAAUGUGCAUUUCGGACUUAGAUUUUGAUAAAAACAUAUGAUUAAAAAAUGUGAAAUAAUUUUUUAUUAAAUAAAAUUUUUUUAAUAUUUAGUCAUAUUUAUAUUCAAUUAAUUUGCAAUUAAAAUUGUACAUUGAUUGACAGCAAAAUGAAUUUCACGCACAUUUUUAGUCUUUUAUUUAUAUUAUUACUUUUUGUUACUGCAAAUGGAUACAAAAUUCUUGGAAUUUUUCCAACAAUGGCAAAAUCACAUUUUAUUGUUGGUUCUUCAUUGAUGAAAGGUCUAGUUGAUAAGGGACAUGAAGUGACUGUAAUAUCAGCUUUUCCUCAAUCAACACCAUUGAAAAAUUGGCGGGAUAUUCCAACUCCAGCAAUAGUUGAAAAAACCAAGAUUCUUAUUGACAAUGUAGCUCAAAAAACUAAUCCAUGGUCGUUUGAAGUUAUCAUGAAUUUAUCUGAAAUGGGUGUAUGGUUUGCAGAAAUAAUGUUAUAUGAGCCUGCUGUUCAACAACUUUUACAUUCGAAUGAAACAUUUGAUCUUAUAAUAUUAGAAAUUUUUGCUAACGAGGCUCAUUUAGGAUUUGCUGCAAAAUUUAAUGCACCUAUUGUUGGAAUUUCGGCAUUUGGUGCAAAUAUAUGGAACUCAGAUAUGGUUGGAAAUCCAUCACCUCCAUCAUAUAUACCAAAUCAUUUUGUUCAGUUAACAGAUCAUAUGAAUUUAUUUGAAAGAAUCAAAAAUUUAUUUGUUGUUAUAUUCGAAAGGAUUUAUAACGAUUUAAUUUAUUUACCAAAACAAAAAUAUCUAUAUGAAACAAUGUUUCCAGGUGAUGAAAAACCAGAUUUUUAUGAAUUACGCAAAAAUGUUUCUUUAAUAUUAUUAAAUAAUCAUUUUUCUGUAAGUUUUCCAAGGCCAUUAGUUCCUAAUAUGAUAGAAGUCGGUGGUAUGCAUAUACAUCGUGAAAGAAAACCUUUACCUAAUGAUAUAAAAGAAUUUUUAGAUGAAGCAAUUGAUGGUGCCAUUUAUUUUUCAAUGGGAUCCGUUGUUAAAUCCAAUACGUUGCCAAUAAAAAAGCUUGAAGAUAUUUUACGAGUAUUUGGUAGUCUAAAACAACGAAUUUUAUGGAAAUGGGAAGAUGAAGAACUGCCAGGGAAAUCAGAUAAUAUUUUAAUAAGAAAUUGGUUCCCUCAGGAUGAUGUUUUAUCACACCCAAAUAUUAAAUUGUUUAUUACUCAUGGUGGUCUUUUAAGUACUAUUGAGGCAAUUUAUCAUGGUGUCCCAAUUUUAGGAGUACCAGUGUAUGGAGAUCAAUUUUGGAAUACUUUAAGAGCUGAAAAAGCUGGACUUGGUCUUAGCGUCCCUUUAGAAGAUUUGACAAGAGAAAAUCUUGAUGAUGCUAUUAAAAGAAUUUUAAAUAGUUCAAUAUUUAAAAUCAAAGCAAAAGAAGUUUCAAAAAUAUAUAAAGAUCAGCCUUUAACACCAUUAGAAACUGCUAUUUUCUGGGUUGAAUAUGUAGCACGUCAUAAAGGUGCAGUACAUUUAAAGUCUGGUGGGCAAGAAUUAUCUUUUAUUGAAUACCAUAAUUUAGAUGUUUGGGCUAUUAUUUUAAUGGCUUUCUUCAUACCUUUAUGUUUGGUGCAAAUGUGUUUGAGAUCAAUUUGUAGAAAAAUUUGCCGCAAAAACAAAAAAGAAGAGGUGUCACAAAAAAAACCUAAGAAAUCGAAAAAACAAAAGGAAAAUUAGAGUUAAUGCUUUGUUGUUUAAUAAGUUUUUUGUUUUAUGUCUAAGAUGAACAUUAAUAAUUCAACACUAUUAAUUUUUAAUGUAAAAUCAAAAUUUGAUUAAAGAGGAAAUAACGUUUAAACUAAA